AUGAGUGCUCCGACCAACCUGCUGCCUCUGCCCCUCAAGGCCACCGAUCCACUGCCGUCCCUCGCCGACGACAUCCUCCAGCACGUCACCCACUCGAGCGACACGACCCACCCGGACGCCGUCCGCCACGACGCCCGCACCUGGCAAGACCUGCGCCAGCGCAUCUUUGGCUCGUCGGGACUCGCCCUCGUCAACCAGGCCACCGUUCCGCUCCUGCAAGAGUACUACGGCCAGCUCACGUUCGUCCUCACCAAGCUCCCGGUCGAGACCUCGGUCACCUUCCCGUGGUACCCGCUCUUCACGGCGCCGACCUCGCUCCCGUCCGCCGGCGCGACGGGCGCCUUCCCAGCCCUCUCGCCGCCGCUCGCGCUCGACAACCUCGAGUACGAGCGCGCAGCCGUCCUGUACAACCUCGCGGCGCUCCAUGCCAUUCUCGGCACCGAGCGCAGGCGCAGCGACGAGCAGGGGAUCAAGGCCGCCAUCGCGUCGUACCAGAACGCCGCCGGCGUCCUCGCGCAUCUCGUCACGCUCGUUCCGCGCCUCACGGCCUCGCUCCACGGCGGGCCCGCGCCCGCAGACCUGUCGGCGCCCAACCUGUCGGCGCUCCGGGACUGGUGCCUCGCGCAGGCACAGGAGGUCGCGUGGCAGAAGGCCGUCAUGGACCGCCUCAAGAACGGCACGGUCGCCAAGGUCGCCAUGCGGGUCGCAGAGCUGUACGCCGCGGCGCGCGAUGCAGCCGAGCUCGCCCGUGCAGGGUCCGACAACGCACAGCCUUUCGCGUUCCCCGAGGACAUCAUGCGCUACCUCGCCGUCAAGCAUGCCCACUUUACCGCCGUCGCGCACUACCGCCGCUCGCUCGACGACCUCGGCGCCAACCGGUACGGCGACGAGCUCGGCCGGCUGCAGCUCGCCGACGUCAAGCUCAAGGAGGUGGCGCUCCUCGGCAAGCGCGGCGUGCCCGACGCCGUCAUGCACGACCUCAAGAGCCUGCAGAAGACGGUCGCCGAGAACCUGGCGCGUGCGACCAAGGACAACGACCUCAUCUACCUCGCGACGCCCACCCCUCCCUCAUCCCUUCCCGUCAUCGCUCCCGCCGCCCUCGCACGCCCGACCCUCGCCCCCGAGCUCGCCGACCCGCUCGCGCACCUGCGCAACCCGCUCUUCGCGGCCCUCGUUCCGCGCGAGGUCGCCGAGGUGCUCGACCUGUGGGAGGACCGCAAGCGCGGCUGGCUCGACGACAAGGUGGCGGGCCCGGCCAAGGACCUCGACGCGACGGCUUCUUCUCUGCUCAAGGAGCUCAACCUGCCCGCCUCGCUCCAGGUGUCGCAGCAACCGCUCGGCGUCCCGGCCGCCGUCCUCGAUGCGGCCACGCGUGUCCAGGCCGAGGGCGGCGUUGAGCGCCUCGAGACGAUGAUGAAGGACGUGCGGCGCGUCGCCGACGUCAACAUGCGCAUGCUCCAGGAGGCGACCGCUUCGCUCGACCGCGAGGCAGCGAGCGACGACGCGCACCGCCAAGGGCACGGCUCGCUCCGCUGGACCCGCCCAACCUCGUCGGCGGCUGCCGCCCCGCUCCGCGAGCGCGCCCAGCAGCUCGGCGCCGUCCUGUCGUCGGCGGCCGAGAGCGACGCCGUCGUGCGCGCCAAGUUCGGCGAGUGGGAGCGUGCCCUGCGCGUCCUCGAGGGCGGCCAAGCCGCGCUCGCGCGCGAGAUUCCGUCGUCGGGAGCGUCGCCGGCGGGCGAGGUGCCCGAGGCGCAGCGGGCGGCGCGGCGUGCCCUCAGCGCGCUGCUCGACCAGCUCGCCGACGUGCGCAGUGCGAGGGCGAGGGUCGUCGAGGCGGCGAGGACGAGCGUCGCGCAGGGCGACAUCCGGGACAAGGUCUUGCGCGAGGCUGAGCGGCGCGCGGCGGGGUCUGAGGGGGGCCAGGUCGAAGGCGCCGGGCCAGCGGCGUACGAGGAGCUGCUCGAGCGCGAGGGCGAAGCGCUCAUGCGGGUGUGGGACGAGGAGAUGCGGCGCAGCGAUGCGCGGCAGGAGGACCUGCUCGGCGAGAUCAAGGCGCAGCACUCGGCGCUCCGCUCCGCCUCGGCCGCCCCAUCCUCGGCUCAACAAGCUCGCGAACGCGCGACGGCGCACUACGCCUCGGCGGGCGACAAGUUCCUCGAGAUGCUGCAGAACCUGCAGGAGGGCUUACGCUUCUACGCCGACCUGAGCAAGCUCCUCGGCGAGCUGAGGGACGCGUGCAAGUCGUUCGACUACGCGCGCACCGCCGAAGCUCAAGACCUCGCUCGAGCGCUCUCGGCACCUCCCCCUCAGCCCUCGCCUGCCCCCUCGCCCGCACCCGCACCGGCCCUGUCCCCCGAGCACAGCACCCCUCGCCGCCGCGCGCCCGCCGCCCGCGCCCCGCCAGCUCCAGCUCCCGCUCCUGCGCCCGACGCUCCGACGCCGAGGCGCUCGACGCGCCGCACGGCGCACGCCGCCGCCGAGCCCGCGCCUGAGCCUGCGCCCGAGCCCGAGCCUGAGCGCGCUCCUCGCACGACUCGGCAGCAGCAGCAGCAGCCGCGCGCCGUCGUCGACGUCGCCGACUCGGACGACGAGGUCGCGCAGACGCUCGUUGCACGCCCGGCCAAGACGCCGCUGCGCAAGAAGAAGGUGGUGGCGGCGCCCGUCGAGGAGGAGCAGGAGCAGGAGCAGGAGGUGGAGGAGCCCGCGGUCCGGGCGUGGGACCCGACGCAGGGGAUCCGGUUUGGAUAGAGCAGAGAGCGGUGCAACCACGGCUGGUCUCUCGCCCG